AUGUCUGGGCACUUCGGUAAACUUAAAGACCUUUUAUUUUACUCAAACUGCAGCACUCCAGAGCCUGAACCGACUCCUUCAGACAGCACUAAAAAGGACGCUGAAGAGCCUAUCAUUUUAGAUGAAAGUGAUAACCCUGCCCUUAUUGAACAACAGCGUAAGCACCCAUUGCGCCCUUCAAGUUUUGAAGCCUUGAUGCAGCCUCUUAAAAUUGCCACCAUGGUCGAGUCAAUAGACGGUGUCAAGGUAGACGUGGCUGUUGGCCUUUCUCAGCAUCUGCAAAUCCAAAACACAGUGGUGCUGCCAAAUGGCCAAGGAGGCAAUUAUGAAGCGAAUUUUAUGUUUGUUGGAGGCCAGAUGACUAAUCCUUAUGAUAUGGUCACACCAAACCCAGUUAUGGUUGCUAAAGGGUGCAUGCUUUUUUCUCAAGAAUUUUUGGUCGUGAUCAAAUUUGACUGUUGUUCUGAGCAAAUGUCUAACGAAGAAAUGCCUCACUAGCAAAAAUCCCAAUCAAAUGGCAUAGAGCCAUUGCUAAAGUAUCUCCUGGAACUGGAAGGCAAGACAUAAGAUUUAUAACAAAAGGAAAUUAUGAUAUAUUGUUCAUUAUAAAUAUCCCAGAUCCUAAUCAUUAUUUUUUUCAGUAUUGUAUACACUUCUAAUUUAGUCUGGCAGAUAAUUAAUAAUAUUUAAGGCAAUACCUUAUAUGGAAUACCGAUUACAAGCUCAAUAUGCUUCAUCUAAUAUAAAUGAGUCUCAAGUGCUUCUAGAAGCUGAAAAGCAAGGAGAAGACUACGUAGCUGGGGUCAAGCUUGGAAUUAAAGGAGACCAGUUCUCUUAUAAUUACAUGCAGAGCUUACAUAAAAAUCUUCAAUUAGGAUUUGAAGUUUCGACUAUGACAAAGCCUCGUCAGUCUAUCGAUUUCAGUUACGGAGGGAAAUUUACUUGGGGUCCAGCAUCAUAUAUGCUUAUUUAUAUAAAUUGUGUUUUUUAGACGAUCUUUUUUAAUAAUGUACUAUUUAGAUUUUAUAAUUAUAUUAUUUUCAGCAUUAUGCUCCUUUUCAAUCAUCUAACUUCGGAGCUGUUAUAAAGGCUAGCCCAAAUGUUACUUAUACCACUGAGAUCAGCAAUAUGAAUAUGGAAAGAAAAUAUGAGUUUUCAGGUGGAAUCGGAGUGAGAUUUUCAAGAGCGAAACUUAAUGCUCAAAAAAUAGGACAAUUUUGGAUCGGAUUUCUUUUUGUAGAUUUUCCUUGGAACUAUUUGGAGGGAUUAUUUAGGCAAUUAAUAGGCAAAAGCAUUAUUUUUCGACUGAGUGUCUGACAAGGAAGAAAUUUAGGCCAAAAUAGCCCUGAGGAAUAUCUUCAAGAGGAAAUUUUGCAGAGGAAAAAAUAUAUGCCUGCUCAAAUAACAGGGUCUGGAAAACUUUCGAUGUCAAUCACUCAAGUGAUUAACCCUAUUUUAAGAGUGAGCUUCUCAGCUGAUGCAGAUUUAGCCAAAAAUGAUCAAAAAUUCGGAAUGGGAGUGACCAUAGGACAGUAA